AUAUGUAUGAAAAUGUAAUGUAUAUUGGCGUAAGCAAUGAAUCCCAAUCAGAUUUAUUGCGGUACCAAACCGUUUGUUCCCUCCUUUAUCAACACCCCAUAUGCUUCUUCCCACUCUCACCGGAUCGGAUUUUCCCCAUUUCAAGAAACAAUUCACCUUUUCACUCCUUUGGGUAGCUCAUAGCUCUGUUCCAGCUUCUUGCAUUGGUUGGUUCAGGCUCACUUCAUCACUUAGGGGGAUGUGAUUUCCUCAACUAUUUGCUAACAAUGGAGGAUUUGCUAUUGCUAAAAUGUAAGUUAAAGCUGCCCAUAAGCUCUAAUCCACGAAGCCUGGGGUUAUUUCCGCGUGCUCAACUACAUUAUCGAGGAGUCAGAAGCUAUGAACUACACUUAAUGAAGAGUAUCUUGUCAAGCCAAUCCAUCUGUAGCUCUAGGCUCAAACCAGUCUCUGCUGUAAGCUCUGACGGUGCACAUUCCAUAAGUCGGGAACCACUGCGUGUGAAGAAGCUCAAGACCUUUGAGGAAUGGGACGCGGCCACAGCAAAAUUCGCUGGAGCUGCAAAUCUACCCUUUCUCUUACUGCAACUGCCUCAGAUCAUACUCAAUCAUCGGAAUCUGAUGGCAGGGAAUAACUCCGCACUUUUGGCUGUUCCGUGGCUGGGUAUGCUUACUGGAUUGCUCGGGAAUCUCUCUUUGCUCUCGUAUUUUAUCAAGAAGAAGGAAAGUGAAGCCGUGGCGAUCCAGUUGCUAGGAGUCGUAUCCAUAUACGUGGUGAUCUUGCAGCUGGCUGUAGCUGAAGCUAUGCCUCUUCCUCAUUUUGUGGCCACUUCGAUAGUGACUGCAUCCGGUUUGAUCAUAAAUUUGUUGAAACACUUCGAUUUGCUUAACAAUGGAAUCUGGAAAUCUUGGGAAGAAUUUAUAACCAUAGCAGGGCUAUCGGCACUUCCACAAGUCAUGUGGUCUACUUUCGUCCCAAUCAUUCCAAACACUGUAUUCCCAGGCUGCAUUGCCCUUUUCACUGCAGUGCUCGUCGUUUCUAUGGCACGCAUGGGGAAACUGUCGAAGAAAGGUGUAAACAUUCUCGGAUCAGUAUCCGGAUGGACAGCCACGCUUCUCUUCAUGUGGAUGCCUGUUGCACAAAUGUCGACAAAUCUUCUGAAUCCCGAAAACAUGAAAGGUCUGUCAGCCGUGACAAUGUUGCUGGCCAUGAUUGGCAACGGCCUGCUGAUCCCACGAGCACUACUUACUCGGGAUUUAAUGUGGUUCACUGGUUCGACUUGGGCGUGUGUUUUCUACGGGUGGGGUAACCUCGUCUGCUUGUACCGCUUUAAUAGUAUUAGCUGGGAGUUGUUCUUGGUUUCAACUCUUGGGUUUCUUGGUUGGAUAGGAAUUACUUUGUGGAGAGAUGCACAAGUGCAUGGACACCACUCAUCCUUCACUUCUUUAAAAGAUCUCAUUUUAGGACAUUGAUGUUUUUACAAUGCUGAUUAACAUAUCUACCAAAUUAUCUGUUUAUAGCAAAGCGAAUAAGGUAGAAGACACAUGUUGUAAAAUCUAGUUGGGUAGAGUGAUUACUUGCAUGUGCUUACUAAUAAAAUAAUUGAUUUAUCUA